GCAAUAAAUCAGAAAAUUCCAAAAUCCUAAAAAUUCGAAGCCCUGCUUUUUCUCUCUCAACGGAAAGUCGUUCUCACACGGAACACAGCUCUCUCUCUCUGCUCCUCUUCCGUUCAAUCGCCGGCGGCAGAAGUAAGAAUGAACAAAUCACUCAGAAGCACUGGCGGUUAAUAGAGAUAUAGCACACUGAAAUGGGAGGCUGCUGUUGCUGCUGUGCCUCUAAAGAAGAGGAACCGAAUAGGACAUCACAGUUUUACCAUUACCCUAGAGGGUCAGAGGAGCGACAACCUUUAUCUCACCAUGGUGCAGCCUUGGUACUCUCCACAGGGCGGCCUAGAACACCACCAGGCAAUCAAGACACUCGCAAGAGUGAUGCAACAGCACAGAUAAAGAACACAGAAUCUGGUGAAGAGACAAACUCUGGAAAUCGUGCAACUUCAGAAUGUGAUGCCAAAGCGGGAGACAAUAUUGAUCUUACUGCCCUAAAUGUAGUGGUUGAUGAGCUUGAGAAAUCAGAAUAUGAUGAGGAGAAUCCGAAGAUCAUAACAAAAUGUGAGCAUCAUUUUCACCUUGCGUGUAUUUUUGAAUGGAUGGAAAGAAGCGACACUUGUCCAGUCUGUGAUCAGGAAAUGGUUUUCAGUGCCUAAGUUGUGAGAUAUCAAGCUCAAACUUCAUCCAUUGGCAUUUGAUAUAGAAGGGAGUUGUUUUUGGUGGUUGUUUAUAUUUCUGGGUUAGAUUUUUUUUUUGUGACAACUGGCAGCCCUUUGCUUUGGCGUUGAUAUAUCUUGUUUUAUCAGUUCUUUAAACGAAUUGAAAAAAAAAUUAAAAAAGCUUACUGUAAAAAAAAAUGAAAAGAAGAAAAUGCUAAUAUAUGGGUUUCAAUGCAGCUGCUUUAUGUAUUUUUG